AUGACAGGUGGUGGAGUGGGCAAAUCAGCUUUGACAGUUCAAUUUGUUCGAAAUGUCUUCGUAAGCACUUACGAUCCGACAAUCGAGGAUACGUACCGGAAACCUAUCAUCAUCGAUGGGCAACACUGUCUGGUGGAGAUCCUAGACACGGCAGGCACGGAACAGUUCAUGGCGCUCAAGGAGUUGUACAUGAAAAGUGGGCAUGGAUUCAUACUCGUCUUCUCAUUGACGCAUCUCGCGAGUGUUAACGAGCUUGGUCCGCUGCGGGAGCAAAUCGUUCGGAUAAAGAACUCCAAGGUUCCGCUCGUGCUUGUGGGCAACAAGUCGGAUCUGAGGGCGGAGAGGCAGGUUCCUCGGGAGAUCGGAACCAAUCUGUCGAGGGCGUGGGGAAACGUGCCAUACUACGAGACCUCUGCUCGGAAACGGAUCAAUGUGGAUGAAAUAUUUGCGGACGUGGUUAGGCAAUGUAGGGCUUUCGAUGCGGCGCACUUCGCCAGUGGGGCGAAGGAAAAGGGCAACAAGGACAAGAAGAAAUGCGUCGUCAUGUGAAGCGGUGCAAAGAUGGCUCGUUUCUUUUUGCUCCCUACCAUCUCGCUUUACCCACACCAUCGCAUCCGCUUGCCCCUUUGGACUCUUCGCACCCGCCGCAUCUGCUCCCGACACUAGUUCGCACUUCUUUGUUUCUCGAUUUUUGCUGCACCUUUUGCCCACCCCCCGAUCUCGCCUCUUGCUGCACCCACUCAUAACCUCGAUACCCCUCCCUCCCCACACACCAAAAACGUCCAAGCGUCUCAUCUUCUCCACUAUGCAAAGAUAGCCGUUCUGAGGACGGCGUGCAUCUGCUCCAAUACAAAAUCCAUCAAAGGGGCCAGGCGAGGCGCAAUGCGUC